UGCUGCAGCACGAAGCAGUCGAGGCUUAAACCUGAGCCCAGUGCACAUCUCCACACACACACAACAACACACACUGAGAGGAGAGGGAGAGCAGCCAGAGCACCCAUCAUCAACCAUGAGUAGCCUGGGAUAUGACCACUACUAUCCCACCUCCUCAUACAGACGCUAUUAUGUGGAGGCCACCCCACGGGUGACGGUUAGCAGAGGGAGAACCCACUCCGUCUACUCCUCCUCCCAUGCCUCCCCGCUGUCUUCCCGUCUGCAGUACUCCUCUCCUGGCCGGGUGCUGCUCUCCUCCUCCUCCCCGAUCUCCUCCCUGGAGCUGGAGCUCAGCCAGGCCGCCCAAAUCAGCUCAGAUUUCCGGGCCGUUCGUACCCAGGAGCACAGGCAGCUGCAGGACCUCAAUGACCGCUUUGCCGUCUUCAUCGACCGAGUUCGGGAGCUGGAGCAGCAGAACCGUGCCCUGGAGUCGGAGCUCCUGCUGCUGAGGCAGAGGCACACCGAGCCGUCCAGACUGAGGGGACUGUACGAGCAGGAGGCCCGUUCCCUGAGAGCAGCCAUGGAGGAGGCCAGGGCUGAACAGCAAGCUGUCCUGGGACAGAGGGAGCGUCUGGAACAAACCCUGAGCGCUCUGCAGGGUCGAUUCGAGGAGGAAGUUCUAGCCCGAGAAGAAGCCGAGGGGAGGCUGGUGGAGAGCCGGAGGGAGGCCGACCAGGCUGCUUUAGCCAAGGCUGAGCUGGAGAAGAGUGUGGAGACCCUGUUGGAGGAGCUGGCCUUCCUGAAGAGGAUCCAUGAGGGUGAAGUGGCAGAGCUCCAGGCCCAGGUCCAGCUGGGCGUUCAGGUGGCUGUGGAGUCUGAGGCUGCAGGUCCAGAUCUGUCUGGAGCCCUCAGGGACAUCCGCUCCCAGUAUGAGAGGCUGGCGGCCAGGAACAUGCAGGCAGCUGAAGAGUGGUUCAGAGGGAAGGUGGGUUCACUGACAGAAACAGUGGCCCACCACACUGACGCCAUGAGGAGCUCCAAAGACGAAGCAGGAGAAUACCGACGCCAGCUCCAGGCUCGGAUGCUGGAAAUCGAUGCCUGCAGAAGCCUGAACGACUCUCUGGAAAAACAACUGCAUGACGUGGAGGAGAAGCAGAGCGCUGAGAUCUCUGCCAUGCAGGAUACAAUCUCAGAUUUGGAGAGCGAGCUGAGGGGCACCAAACAGGAAAUGGCCCGGUACCUGAAAGAGUACCAGGACCUUCUCAACGUCAAGAUGGCACUAGACAUCGAGAUUGCCGCAUAUAGGAAGCUUCUGGAAGGGGAGGAGUCACGUUUCAGCUCUGGAGUUGCUGGAGGCGUGUCCUCUCUGUACAGCCACAGUCUGUCAGCUCCAUCCUUCUCCCGGCCCGUCUUCUCCAGCUUCAGCUCCGGCACCUCCUACCUGGUGACAUCACGCCUGCUGAGCUCCGUCAGCACAACUGAGGGCAUCGUCUCUGCCAGCCACGCCCAACAGGCUGAGGCCAGCCCACCUGGAGAAGAGGAGGAGGAGGAGGAAGAGGAGAAAGAAGAGGAAGAGGAAGUGAAGGAUGAAGAAGAGGUAGAAGAGGAUAAGGAAGAGGAGGGAGAAAAAGAUGAGGAGGAAGCUAAAGAAGAAGAAGAGGGUGGUGAUGAAGAGGAGGGAAAAGAAGAGGUAGAUGACGCUGCUGCAGAAGAGGAGAGUGAAGCCAAGGAAAAAGAUGAAGACGCAAAGGAGGAGGAGAAGUCUGACAAAGACGAAAAGAAGGAGAAAGAAGAAGAAAAACCAGCUGCGGCAGAGAAAGGAGCAAAAGACAAGAAGUAAAAGCUUCACCUUAAGACUGUCCACAUAAAAACCACAGCUCAAUAACCAGUGCAGGCCUUAGCUGCUCGGCCGCUAACGCUCUAUCCUCCCACUGUCCUGCUUGUUAACAUGGUGCUCAAUCCAAUAGUUCAAUGACCAUUUAAAGGAACAAAUCACUCUUAACUGCUUGACGAUAACCAAAGGUCUGCUCACGCACACACACGUGAUGUUAAUACAGAAGAGGAAGUGCAGCUGCUGAGGGGAAACCUGAGUGUGUGUCUAUUUGCUGGUGAAAUAAAAACAUGCUAAAGCCC